AUGAGUCAAAAUCAAGAGAAACAAAAGGCCAUUCUAACAAAGGUGUUCAUUCUUAAGAAAUCAAGAAAAGAUCAUCAGAGCUGCAGUUCGUGUAGAUCAGCAAGAAAUUUUUGGCUCAGGUCGCAUCUUCCAGCAACAGUUUCUAGCAGCUUCCAGCAACAGUUUCUAGCAGCUUCCAGCAUCAAUUUCCAGCAGCUUCCAGCAUCAAUUUUUGACCGUCUAUUGUUUGGUUACUACGGAUUCCUUAAUGCUUUUAUUCACAGGUAUCCAAUAUGUUGGAAUAAGGCUGGUUUGCAUGAAGUCAUUCUUGGAACCUCCGCUGCGAAAAAUGCACAUUAUCCGUCUACUGAGUCAUCUUUAUGCAAGUAG